AUAUUUAUUUGCUUUUUCGCAGUUUUUAUGACAUAUUCAAAUUUUGAGUUUUCUUCCUGUCUUUCGUCCGAAAUAAUGAUAGUUUGAAAUUAUUUUUAAGAAACUUAAACAAUUCUGCACAUCAAAGAAGUUUUUAAGGUGUUCAUGUAUAAUUGUCUUAAAAUAGUUUUCACGAAUUGCACUACCGGUACACAACUGAAUAUAUUAUUUGAAUUAUAAUGGCACAAACCUUUAAGUUGUUCUAUUUUUCAAUUUAUUUAUUACUUUUUUUGCAGUUAGCAGAUUCUGCCCCUCAAAACUCUCCUAAUAAAAGUGACACAACUUUAAACGGUCAAGACGGAGAAAAAGAAAAAGCAACUUUCUUCAAAAAUAUUGAUAACGUGGUAAAUAGUAGGCCUAUAAAAAUAGUAAGACAGCUAUCAAAUUCUGCAAGAGAACGAUUGAAUAAAUUUUCAAAUGAUUUCCAAACUACAUUAAACGAAGAUUCAAAAAACACAGUUAACGGUGAAAAUUCUCUUAUUCCAAAUGCUAUUCAAAAUAAUUUGAUUUUACCUGCUAAGGCUUUAGCUCAAACUAGUUUCAAAACAGUCAAAGAACCUGUUGGAGAAAUGUUUUCUAGUAUAAAAAAAACAUAUGACGAUGAACUAGUUAAAUCAGAUCAGGAAGAAGGUUAUGUCCCAAUAAUUGGAGCUUAUACAAAAAGUGCAAAUAAACCAGUUGCUAUCAUAAGGGCCUCAAAAGAUAUUGUAGAAAAUGCAAUUGGAAGCAUAUUUGAAAGAGCAUCGUCGCUUUGGCAUUUUGGUACAACAAACACAGCUGAAAAAUCUAAAAAAGACAAAUAAUGAAGAUACAAAAAUUAA